AUGGCGUACAGAGGCCAAGGGCAGAAGGUGCAGAAGGUGAUGGUGCAGCCCAUCAAUCUAAUUUUUCGUUACCUGCAAAAUCGUUCGCGUAUCCAGGUCUGGCUCUAUGAACAAGUGAACAUGCGGAUAGAAGGUUGCAUUAUUGGCUUUGAUGAGUACAUGAACCUGGUUCUUGAUGAUGCAGAAGAAAUCCAUAUGAAAACUAAAAACAGAAAGCCACUGGGCAGGAUCAUGUUGAAAGGCGACAACAUCACACUGCUCCAGAGCGUCACCACCACUUAA